CGAGAGGAUUGGCAAGCAUUUUUCUUCCUCUUAUUCACAUAAGCUUUCUGUCAUGGCGCGUCUCGCUCGUCUUGUGGCUGUCUUGGCAGCCAUCUCUCUCAGCAGUGCACGCAGGACAGCUCCUAUGCGGCGUGGACCUCCCGCAUACCCCACAAAUGUCACGACCAUAACCUCACCGCAGGGCGCAAAGAUCACAUAUAAGCAGCCUGGAAAGCAGGGGAUCUGCGAAACAAAGGAGGGCGUCGACGACUAUGCAGGGUACAUCAGUCUCAGCCCUACGCAAAACAUGUUCUUCUGGUUCUUCGAGGCACGAGAGAACCCUUCCGAGAAACCACUCACAUUAUGGCUCAACGGCGGCCCUGGAAGCGAUUCCAUGAUUGGGCUGUUGCAAGAACAUGGGCCAUGCAAUGUCACGGAGGACCUGAAGACGCAAUGGAAUCCGUACUCAUGGAAUGAGCAUAGCAACAUGCUAUAUUUGAGUCAGCCAGUUGGUGUUGGCUUCUCGUACGAGACGCUGGAAGAGGAUGCAGACGGAAGAUACUCACUCGUUAGCCCCAACACCACAAACACAACAGAAGCUGCUGCCAUCGGUGCAUGGCAUAUCCUGCAAGCGUUCCUGGACCUUUCACCGCAGCUUGAUCCUGAUAUCCAGAACUUCACAUUCAAUUUGUGGACCGAGAGCUACGGUGGGCAUUACGGCCCCGGCUUCUACAACUAUUUCUACAAGCAGAAUGAGGCCAUUCGUAACAGCUCAGUCAAAGGUGUGGAGCUUCAGAUGGACACUCUUGGCAUCAUCAACGGCAUCGUCGACGAACAAAUCCAGGCACCGUACUAUCCCGAGUUCGCUGUGAACAACACAUACGGAAUCAAGGCUGUCAACGACUCCACUUAUGAAAUGAUGAAGGAGGCUUACUACGGUCCCAACGGUUGCCGUGAUCAAGUCCAAGCUUGCAAAGAAGCUGAUCGAUCUACUGCCGCUGGAAAGGCCGUCUGCAGAGCAGCAACUAGCGUAUGCCGCGGCGACGUCGAAGGCCCAUACUACUCCGAGGACGGCAGAGGCGUCUACGAUGUCCGCCAUCCAUACGACGACCCCACCCCACCACCAUAUUUCAGUGCUUUUCUCAACCUGGCUUCCACACAGGAGGCUCUUGGCGUCAGUGUCAAUUACACGUCAAGCAGCUCCCUUGACGUCUAUUAUGGGUUCGAGUCGACUGGUGACUUUGUCUAUCCCAAUUUCAAGGAAGACCUCGAGGAAAUUCUGGGCUACGGUGUUCGUGUUGCACUGAUAUACGGAGAUGCUGACUACAUCUGCAACUGGUUCGGAGGCGAAGCGGUCUCCCUCGCUCUCGACUAUGCCAACAGUGACAAGUUCCGGGCUGCUGGCUACACUCCCUUCCUGGUCGAUGGCGUGGAGUAUGGUGAGGUUCGCGAGUAUGGCAACCUUAGCUUCACGAGGGUCUACGAAGCGGGUCAUGAGGUGCCGUACUACCAGCCUGUGGCGAGUCUAGAGCUUUUCAAGCGUGUGCUUGACCAUGUCACCAUUGCAGAUGGAAGCAUGGUUGUCACGGGUAACUACAGCACGAAUGGCACUGCGAAGGCCACGCACACAGAGUCGUACGUAGCGCUUCCUACCAAGUAGAGUUCGAUUGUUCGUUGGGAGUAGAGGUCGAACGUGAAAUGUGCUGUGGCUAGAGUUUAGAUAGUUCUUGGUUCUGUAUCGGCAGCGUUCUUGUUCCCUCUACAUCUAUGAUUCUGCAAGACUUUCUGCG